GCAGUGCCGCGGCGUGCCCGCUCUUGCCGCCGCCGCGGGCGGGACUCUCCGGGCGGGGGCUCGGCGGGGAAGGGGCCGGGGCGCGGCGGGAGCCCCAUUGGCUCUUGCCGGCAGCACAUGUUGCCGGCCCGGCUAUAAAGGCGGCCCGGCCUCGCUGCAGCCCGUCCUUCUGCCUUCACGUUUCGACAGGGACGCCGCCAGCUCCAGUGCCGCCGCCAUGGCCAUCGACGCGCUCCUGGGUAAAUGGUGCCUCGUCUCCAGCGAGGGCUUCGAGGAGUACAUGAAGGAGCUGGGUGUGGGUAUGGCUAUGAGAAAAAUGGGAAGCAUGGCCAAACCAGAUGUUUACAUUAUUAAGGAUGGGGACACAAUCACCAUAAAAACAGAAAGCACCUUCAAAACUUCACAGUUCAGCUUCAAGCUUGGUGAGAAAUUUGAGGAAAAUACAUUAGAUGGCAGGAAGACUCAGACCCUUGUCAGCUUAAAAGAUGAUGGGUCAUUGAUUCAAGAGCAGGAAUGGGAUGGCAAGAAGACCACAAUAACAAGGAAGCUAGUGGAUGGACAGUUGGUGGUGGAGUGUGACAUGAAUGGUGUCAAGUGUGUUAGAGUCUACCAGAAAGCAUGAGGACGUCUUCAGGUUCAGUAGGAACUUGCUGCAAACAACUCAGUUCAGUGGACAGAGCUCCUUUUCACUCCAUAUUUUCCUUUUCCCUGUUUUCUAGUAUUUCAAUGGACUGAGUAGCUGAGUGCAAUUGUUUUUAAAGGCCAUGAUGUAACUGUUAUGUAACUAUUCUGAACUUAGGCUGAUAAAUAAAAUUAUUGAAUAUA